UGCGCGGCCCGCCAGGCCCGGGACCCGCAGCUUCGCCGCUCGCCGGUCGGCGCAGCCCAGAGGCCCGAGCCAUGGAAUCGGAGGAGGAGCAGCACAUGACCACGCUGCUGUGCAUGGGCUUCUCGGACCCCGCCACCAUCCGCAAGGCCCUGCGCCUGGCCAAGAACGACAUCAACGAGGCCGUGGCGCUGCUCACCAACGAGCGGCCGGGCCUCGACUACGGCGGCUACGAGCCCAUGGACAGCGGCGGCGGCCCCAGCCCCGGGCCCGGUGGGGGCCCGCGGGGCGACGGCGGAGGUGACGGCGGCGGCGGCGGCCCCUCCCGCGGCGGGAGCACCGGAGGCGGGGGUGGUUUCGACCCCCCGCCCGCCUACCACGAGGUGGUGGACGCGGAGAAGAAUGAUGAAAAUGGAAACUGCUCUGGGGAAGGAAUUGAAUUCCCUACAACAAAUUUGUACGAACUGGAAAGCCGUGUUUUAACGGAUCAUUGGUCCAUCCCUUAUAAGCGAGAAGAAUCACUAGGCAAAUGCCUGUUGGCCUCUACCUACCUAGCAAGACUUGGUCUUUCUGAAUCUGAUGAGAAUUGUAAAAGAUUUAUGGAUAGGUGUAUGCCUGAAGCAUUUAAAAAGCUCCUGACAUCAAGUGCUGUUCACAAGUGGGGUACUGAAAUUCAUGAAGGAAUCUACAACAUGUUGAUGCUGUUAAUAGAACUGGUUGCAGAGAGAAUAAAACAAGAUCCAAUUCCCAUUGGGCUCCUGGGCGUGCUUACAAUGGCUUUCAAUCCUGAUAAUGAAUACCAUUUUAAAAACAGAAUGAAAGUGUCUCAAAGGAAUUGGGCAGAAGUGUUUGGAGAGGGAAAUAUGUUUGCUAUUUCACCUGUAUCUACUUUCCAAAAGGAACCUCAUGGAUGGGUUGUGGAUUUGGUAAAUAAGUUUGGAGAAUUAGGUGGGUUUGCAGCAAUCCAAGCCAAGCUCCAUUCAGAAGAUAUAGAACUUGGGGCUGUCUCCGCGUUGGUGCAACCCUUAGGAGUGUGUGCAGAGUACCUGAAUUCCUCAGUGGUGCAGGUAGGAUUAAACCAUUUCACAUUACUGCAGAGGGUGAUCCAAGACAAGCAGAUUAAAUAAAAGAGGUUGGUUAGCAUCCCUGAGCUCUUGUCUGCCAUUAAGUUACUUUGCAUGCGCUUCCAACCGGAUCUGGUGACAAUUGUGGAUGACCUUCGACUAGACAUCCUACUGCGCAUGCUGAAAUCACCACAUUUUAGUGCUAAAAUGAAUUCCCUCAAAGAAGUAACCAAACUAAUAGAAGAUAGCACUUUAUCCAAAUCUGUGAAGAAUGCAAUAGAUACAGACAGAUUAUUAGAUUGGCUAGUUGAAAACUCAGUUCUAUCAAUUGCAUUGGAAGGUAACAUCGACCAAGCACAAUACUGUGAUCGUAUAAAGGGAAUUAUUGAACUCUUGGGUAGUAAACUGUCUUUGGAUGAGCUCACUAAAAUUUGGAAGAUACAGUCCGGACAAUCAUCUACCGUGAUCGAGAACAUUCAUACUAUUAUUGCUGCAGCAGCUGUGAAAUUUAAUUCAGAUCAGCUCAAUCAUUUGUUUGUUCUCAUUCAGAAGAGCUGGGAGACUGAGAGUGACAGAGUAAGACAGAAGCUGUUGAGCCUGAUUGGACGAAUAGGCCGGGAAGCUCGCUUUGAGACCACUUCUGGAAAGGUGUUAGAUGUACUCUGGGAACUGGCUCAUCUUCCAACGCUGCCCAGUAGCCUUAUUCAGCAAGCCUUGGAGGAGCACCUGACAAUCCUCAGUGACGCGUACGCUGUGAAGGAAGCAAUCAAGAGGAGCUACAUCAUUAAGUGCAUAGAAGACAUUAAAAGGCCUGGGGAAUGGUCAAGUUUGGAAAAAAACAAGAAGGAUGGAUUCAAGUCAUCUCAACUUAAUAAUCCCCAGUUUGUCUGGGUGGUACCAGCUUUGCGUCAGCUCCAUGAAAUCACUCGCUCAUUUAUAAAACAAACCUAUCAAAAGCAAGACAAGAGCAUUAUUCAAGACUUGAAGAAAAAUUUUGAAAUAGUGAAAUUGGUAACGGGAAGUUUGAUAGCUUGUCAUCGACUUGCAGCAGCGGUGGCUGGGCCCGGAGGCUUAACUGGCUUGACACUAGUGGAUGGCCGAUACACUUACCGGGAGUAUUUAGAGGCACAUCUAAAAUUUCUGGCAUUUUUCUUGCAAGAAGCUACUCUGUAUCUGGGUUGGAAUCGUGCCAAGGAAAUAUGGGAGUGUCUCGUGACUGGCCAGGAUGUUUGUGAAUUAGAUAGAGAGAUGUGUUUUGAAUGGUUCACAAAAGGGCAGCAUGAUCUUGAGAGUGAUGUUCAGCAGCAGCUCUUCAAGGAGAAAAUCCUUAAAUUGGAAUCAUAUGAAAUCACUAUGAAUGGUAGGAAAAAACUUAAAAUCAUUUUUUUUCCAGUAUUUUUAAGUAAGGAAUUUUACUCUUUCUAUGUAGAAAAGCUGGAAUUGAUAGGAAUGGAUUUCAUUUGGAAAAUAGCCAUGGAAUCACCUGAUGAAGAAAUUGCUAAUGAAGCUAUUCAGUUAAUCAUCAACUAUAGUUACAUUAAUCUAAAUCCUAGGUUAAAGAAGGAUUCAGUAUCUUUACAUAAGAAGUUCAUUGCUGAUUGCUAUACAAGACUAGAAGCUCACAGUAAUGAAACCAUAGGGAGUGUCCGAUGGAAGAUAGCCAAGCAGUUGUGCUCUCCUGUGGAUAAUAUACAGAUAUUUACAAAUGAUAGCCUGCUGACAGUGAAUAGAGAUCAAAAGCUGCUCCACCAGCUGGGCUUCUCUGAUGAGCAAGUGCUUACAGUGAAGACUUCUGGCAGUGGGACCCCAUCUGGAAGCUCCGCGGAUUCCUCCACCAGCUCCAGCAGCAGCAGCAGUGGGGUUUUCAGUUCCUCGUAUGUCAUGGAGCAGGAGAAAUCCCUCCCCGGCGUUGUGAUGGCUCUUGUGUGCAACGUGUUUGACAUGCUUUACCAGCUUGCCAAUCUGGAGGAGCCAAGGAUAACUCUCCGAGUACGAAAGCUUCUGCUCUUGAUACCGACGGAUCCAGCCAUUCAGGAAGCCCUUGAUCAACUUGAUUCUUUAGGAAGAAAGGCUCACAGUAAUGAAACCAUAGGGAGUGUCCGAUGGAAGAUAGCCAAGCAGUUGUGCUCUCCUGUGGAUAAUAUACAGAUAUUUACAAAUGAUAGCCUGCUGACAGUGAAUAGAGAUCAAAAGCUGCUCCACCAGCUGGGCUUCUCUGAUGAGCAAGUGCUUACAGUGAAGACUUCUGGCAGUGGGACCCCAUCUGGAAGCUCCGCGGAUUCCUCCACCAGCUCCAGCAGCAGCAGCAGUGGGGUUUUCAGUUCCUCGUAUGUCAUGGAGCAGGUUCUAAGCUCCAAACUCAUGCCAACAGCUGAUGAUGACAUGGCAAGAAGUUGUGCCAAAUCCUUCUGUGAGAAUUUCCUCAAAGCAGGAGGUUUGAGUUUGGUUGUGAAUGUCAUGCAGAGGGAUUCCAUCCCAUCAGAAGUAGACUAUGAAACAAGGCAGGGUGUUUAUUCUAUUUGCCUACAACUUGCAAGAUUUUUACUUGUUGGACAAACAAUGCCCACGUUAUUAGAUGAAGACCUCACCAAAGAUGGAAUCGAAGCACUUUCUUCCCGCCCAUUCCGAAAUAUUAGCCGGCAAACAAGCAGACAGAUGUCCUUAUGUGGUACCCCAGAAAAGUCAUCCUACCGACAGUUGUCAGUGUCUGAUAGGUCUUCUAUUAGGGUUGAGGAAAUCAUCCCUGCUGCUCGGGUUGCAAUACAAACAAUGGAAGUAAGUGAUUUCACUUCUACUGUGGCUUGUUUCAUGAGAUUGUCAUGGGCUGCAGCUGCAGGACGGCUUGACCUCGUUGGGAGUAGCCAGCCAAUUAAAGAAAGUAAUUCCCUGUUUCCUGCUGGAAUUCGAAACAGACUCAGCAGUUCAGGAAGCAAUUGCAGCUCUGGAAGCGAAGGAGAGCCAGUAGCCCUACAUGCAGGAAUCUGUGUUCGACAGCAGUCUGUGUCCACCAAAGACUCACUGAUUGCUGGAGAGGCUUUGUCUCUUCUUGUUACGUGCCUACAGCUCCGGAGCCAGCAACUGGCAUCUUUCUAUAACUUGCCCUGUGUUGCUGAUUUUAUCAUUGAUAUUCUGCUUGGAUCACCAAGUGCUGAGAUUCGCCGGGUUGCCUGUGAUCAACUGUACACUCUUAGUCAGACGGACACUUCAGCACAUCCGGAUGUACAGAAGCCAAAUCAGUUUCUUCUAGGUGUCAUUCUCACGGCUCAGCUGCCUCUCUGGUCCCCAACUAGUAUUAUGAGAGGAGUCAAUCAGAGACUAUUGUCUCAGUGUAUGGAGUAUUUUGAUUUGAGGUGCCAAUUAUUAGAUGAUCUAACGACUUCAGAAAUGGAGCAGUUAAGAAUCAGCCCAGCUACCAUGCUUGAAGAUGAGAUUACUUGGCUGGAUAACUUUGAACCUAAUCGCACAGCUGAAUGUGAGACCAGUGAAGCGGACAACAUCUUAUUGGCAGGGCACUUACGCCUCAUUAAGACCCUCCUCUCACUCUGUGGGGCAGAAAAGGAAAUGCUUGGUUCAUCACUCAUUAAACCAUUGUUGGAUGACUUCCUUUUCCGAGCUUCUAGAAUUAUUUUAAAUAGUCAUUCUCCAGCUGGCAGUGCCGCCAUCAGUCAACAGGACUUUCAUCCAAAGUGUAGUACAGUGAAUAGCCGAUUGGCAGCCUAUGAAGUCCUUGUAAUGUUGGCCGAUAGUUCACCUUCAAAUCUUCAAAUUAUUAUAAAAGAGCUACUUUCUAUGCAUCAUCAACCUGACCCUGCUCUUACCAAGGAGUUUGAUUACCUCCCCCCAGUGGACAGCAGGUCUAGCUCAGGGUUUGUGGGGCUGAGGAAUGGCGGCGCGACUUGUUACAUGAAUGCAGUCUUCCAGCAGCUGUACAUGCAACCUGGGCUCCCAGAGGCAUUACUUUCAGUAGAUGAUGACACAGACAACCCAGAUGAUAGCGUGUUUUACCAAGUGCAGUCUCUCUUUGGGCAUUUGAUGGAGAGCAAGCUGCAGUAUUAUGUACCUGAGAACUUUUGGAAGAUUUUCAAGAUGUGGAACAAAGAACUUUAUGUGAGAGAACAGCAGGAUGCCUAUGAAUUCUUUACUAGUCUCAUUGAUCAGAUGGAUGAAUAUCUCAAGAAAAUGGGGAGAGACCAAAUUUUUAAGAAUACUUUUCAGGGCAUCUAUUCUGAUCAGAAGAUCUGUAAAGAUUGUCCUCACAGAUAUGAACGUGAAGAAGCAUUCAUGGCUCUCAAUCUAGGAGUUACUUCUUGUCAAAGUUUGGAAAUUUCUUUGGACCAGUUUGUCAGAGGAGAAGUUCUAGAGGGAAGCAAUGCAUACUACUGUGAAAAGUGUAAAGAAAAGAGAAUAACAGUGAAAAGAACCUGUAUUAAGUCUUUACCUAGUGUCUUGGUAAUUCACCUGAUGAGAUUUGGAUUUGACUGGGAGAGUGGACGCUCCAUUAAAUAUGAUGAACAAAUAAGGUUUCCUUGGAUGCUAAACAUGGAGCCUUACACAGUUUCAGGAAUGGCUCGCCAGGAUUCAUCUUCGGAAGUUGGUGAAAAUGGGCGAAGUAUGGACCAGGGAGGUGGAGGAUCCCCACGAAAAAAAGUUGCCCUCACAGAAAACUAUGAACUUGUCGGUGUCAUUGUCCACAGUGGGCAGGCACACGCAGGCCACUACUAUUCCUUCAUCAAGGAUCGGCGGGGGUGUGGAAAAGGAAAGUGGUAUAAAUUUAAUGACACAGUUAUAGAAGAAUUUGACCUAAAUGAUGAGACCCUGGAGUAUGAAUGCUUUGGAGGAGAAUAUAGACCAAAAGUUUAUGAUCAAACAAACCCGUACACUGAUGUACGUCGAAGAUACUGGAAUGCCUAUAUGCUCUUCUACCAAAGGGUAUCCGAUCAAAACUCCCCAGUAUUACCAAAGAAAAGUCGAGUCAGUGUUGUACGGCAGGAAGCUGAGGAUCUCUCUCUGUCAGCUCCGUCUUCACCAGAAAUUUCACCUCAGUCAUCUCCUCGGCCCCAUAGGCCUAACAAUGACCGGCUCUCUAUUCUAACCAAGCUGGUUAAAAAAGGUGAGAAGAAAGGACUAUUUGUGGAGAAAAUGCCUGUUCGAAUAUACCAGAUGGUGAGAGAUGAGAACCUCAAGUUUAUGAAGAACAGAGAUGUGUACAGUAGUGAUUACUUCAGUUUUGUUUUGUCUUUAGCUUCAUUGAAUGCUACUAAAUUAAAGCACCCGUAUUAUCCCUGCAUGGCAAAGGUGAGCUUACAGCUUGCUAUUCAAUUCCUUUUUCAAACUUACCUACGGACAAAGAAAAAACUCAGGGCUGACACUGAAGAAUGGAUUGCUACUAUUGAAGCAUUACUUUCAAAAAGUUUCGACGCUUGUCAGUGGCUAGUUGAAUAUUUUAUUAGUUCUGAAGGACGAGAAUUGAUAAAGAUUUUCUUGUUGGAGUGCAAUGUGAGAGAAGUACGAGUCGCCGUAGCCACCAUUCUGGAGAAAACCCUAGACAGUGCCUUGUUCUAUCAGGAUAAGUUAAAAAGCCUUCAUCAGUUACUGGAGGUACUACUUGCUCUGUUGGAUAAAGAUGUCCCAGAAAAUUGUAAAAACUGUGCUCAGUACUUUUUCCUGUUCAACACUUUUGUACAAAAGCAAGGUAUCAGGGCUGGGGACCUUCUUCUGAGGCAUUCAGCUCUGCGACACAUGAUCAGCUUUCUCCUCGGGGCUGGUCGGCAAAACAGUCAGAUACGUCGAUGGAGUUCAGCACAAGCACGAGAAUUUGGGAAUCUUCACAAUACAGUGGCAUUACUUGUUUUGCAUUCAGAUGUCUCUUCCCAAAGGAACGUUGCUCCUGGCAUAUUUAAACAACGACCACCUGUUAGCGUUGCUCCCUCGAGCCCUCUGCUGCCCCUGCAUGAGGAAGUGGAAGCCUUGCUGUUUCUGUCUGAGGGGAAACCUUACCUGUUAGAGGUGAUGUUUGCUCUGCGAGAGCUGACGGGCUCACUCCUGGCGCUCAUGGAGAUGGUCGUGUACUGCUGCUUCUGCAAUGAGCAUUUUUCUUUCACUAUGCUGCAUUUUAUUAAGAACCAGCUAGAAACGGCUCCACCCCAUGAGUUAAAGAAUACAUUCCAACUACUGCAUGAGAUAUUGGUCAUUGAAGAUCCCAUACAAGGAGAGCGAGUCAAAUUUGUGUUUGAGACAGAAAAUGGAUUACUAGCUUUGAUGCACCACAGUAAUCAUGUGGAUAGCAGUCGCUGCUACCAGUGUGUCAAAUUUCUUGUAACCCUUGCUCAAAAGUGCCCUGCUGCUAAAGAGUAUUUCAAGGAGAAUUCCCAUCACUGGAGCUGGGCUGUACAGUGGCUGCAGAAAAAGAUGUCAGAACAUUAUUGGACACCACAGAGUAAUGUCUCUAACGAAACAUCAACUGGAAAGACCUUUCAGCGAACCAUUUCCGCUCAGGACACGUUAGCAUAUGCCACAGCUCUGUUGAAUGAAAAAGAGCAAUCAGGAAGCAGCAACGGGUCAGAGAGCAGUCCUGCCAAUGAGAAUGGAGAGAGGCACCUACAGCAGGGUUCAGAAUCUCCCAUGGUGAUUGGUGAGUUGAGAAGUGACCUUGACGAUGUUGAUCCUUAGAGGAACAUGUCCAGCCCAACAAGGAGUCAGGCCACAAUACUGGAUGCUCGGCACCUUUUGAAACCAGAAUUUCGUCCUUGGACCCUUUGCAAGAGCCUGGAGACCGGACUGGGAGAGCCGCCAUGACUCGGGAGCAUCGUGUGUCUUUCAAGGAACGCGUUCUUUGGGCCCUGGAAGGCUGGGAGCUGUUUGGCAGUGGGAGCACUCGGCAUGCGGAUCGCUGUCCCAGGAGCACGGUCCACGUGUGUGUUCACGUUGUGAAGAUUUUAGGAAAUAAAGCCCGCGUCAGACUUUUUUGUUACAUGAACCUGCAAGAGUGAGCGUAAAGCUGUUGCUUUCUCUAUGAUGCUACAAAAGAAAUUCCUUUGGUUUUUAUAUUUUAAGGAAAAAAAAAGCAAGCUGCCUGUAGAUAUGUGGGGGCAAAAUUUUUAAUCUUGCGGCAGCGUUGAAUAGAAAUAUCCAAUUUAAAAUGAUGUAAAGAUACGUGAUAAAAUUUCUUUUCAUUGUAAAAUAGUAGUUAAUUCAGUUUACACAGACCUUUGUAUUUAAUAUGUCUCCCUGUUUGUUUAGAACAGAUGGAUCUGAACGAGAGCCCUGGGCAUAAGCUUGAAUCUUGAUGAAAUGUUACCAGGAUCAAAAAUUGGGAAAUUAUUAAGCUCUUUAAAGUAUUUUUUGAUAGAACUGAGAAUGAAAAGAGCAAAAAAAAAAAAGUUUAAAAAUGCUGUGUUUUCCAAAAGUACAGGGUGCAUUCUUUGACAUCAAUCACUAAAGAAGUCAUGAGUUGUUCCCAAAACAAAUUUUAAAAACAGCACUUUAAGAUAUAAUUUUAUUGAGUUUGACUUCAUAAAAUUAUCUGUUUAAUGGUUGGAGACAUAUUGAAUAAAUCGUAGUCUUAAAUCAUGUGAUCUGCAAUCAUUUGCUUUUGCUUAAAACGUAAUUACUGAAAUCCCUUGGUAUUGGUUGUAUGUGUAGUUGAGUAUUUGAGUUGGGAGACACUGCUUGUGAGUUUCAUAGUGAUUUUAAUGCAGAGGAAGAAUUUGAGACUGUUUCUCCUCAACAUGACUAGUUAACACUGAAAAGACAGGCAAGGUUUAAGAUUUAUUUUCCCACAAAUAACUAGAAAGCGAUUGACCAACCAUCCAUUUAGUUGUAUUUGCCAAGUAUAGCACCAUUCACUCAUUUCAGGUUAGAUACCAGUUCCCUUUCGGGGAGGGGGGCAGGGGGGGCUUACACCAACCUGUUUCAUAUAUAUUUUGUACAUUUUGUAUUUUGAAUUGUUCACACACAUUUUCAGCCCUGUUUUGCCUUCAGUUACAUGUUCUGCCUUAUUUUCAUCUCACCAUGCACAGAACUAGGAGCCUUAGGAAGUGCCAGGUUGCCACCGUCACACUUGCCAAGUCAAAGAGGCGCGGCCAGCCCCAAAGUGCCUUCUGGCUGUUUGGGCAUUUUGUGUGGGCACGUGGCCGGGCAGACAGCUCUCGUCGCUGUGCUCCUUCAGUGGCCUGGUCAUUUCACUCUCUGGCAGCGGGAAUGUCUGUGCGGUCAGGCUUCACUUCGUCACCUUGUGACUUGCUGCAGGCUCCUGAUGAGAAGACGGAAAGGCCGGCACUUAAGAGCAGAACCGUGCCCUGGGAGAACAGACAGAAGCGAGUGGCAAACUUUAGAUGGUCCGAUGUUCUUGCAGUUUGGAAUGUGCUGUUCUUACGUCGAUUUUGCAUUCGUGAAUACUCCUUGACCUACUGUUUCCCCGACCCCCUUCUCACCUCUCCACCCCCAUCCUUUCCCAGAGAUGGUGUGGGGCAUGACACUGACACGCUGGCGAUGAUCCACGCUGGGAAGUCAUCGCUGGCAGCUGCACUCUCAGGAGCCCAAAUUCAGGAGUGAAAUUGCCACUUCUAGUCCCCUUAUUUCCUAUGGAAACAACGCCUUCCGCACCCCCAGCACCUGCUGUCCUCACUAAAGCUUCAUCAGGAUCGCCUGUCACCAGUGUGUACCGUACGCUUUGGUUCAUUUGCUUACAUUGUUGCUACAAUGAACAUCGUCUUCACUUUGCUGGUAACCACUUGAUUUCCAACGGCUGCAGUCAACAAAAACCUGCUGAUGACUUUUUUUAAUGUAGUACAACAAGUGACAAUUAUGACAGGCUUAUCUUGGAAGAGUUGUCAUUUUUACUGCCAAUUUUUUGGAUGAAGAUGUUUUUAUAAAUCUUUCAAAAUAGUCUGCAAAUCGAGCAGGAAUUGCACAAUUAACUCAAUGCUGUGUGUUCUCAAGAAGCUCCCUUAGUGAAGGCCGAUCUUAGGAUGGCCAAUGCCUGGGAAAGAAAACAAGCAAGUGUCCCAGCGUGCACCUCACCGUGACUUCUGGAGGACUCACAUGGUCACUGACAACGAGAAUACAUUGUAGGACCUAGGGCGCCGUGUCCUCAGACUUACCCUGUCUUGCCCCACUCUUCCUGCUAACAUCGAGGUGUGUGCAGUUACCUUUUGAGCUUGGAACAAGCAGACUGGAAUUUUCCUCUGCUACCUCUUGUGUACAAAAUCUUGUUUAUAAAAUUUCAAAAGGAAGUAGAUAAACUAGGGAAGACUCUUAAUUCUAAAUUUGUUUCAUGCGUGGCAGAAUUCUUAGCUUCUAAGAGUAUAAAAUAAAUUUUUCAAAAA